UGACCUGCUCUUCACCCUCUUUCUUUCCUUCCGCUGUCUCUCUCUCUCUCUCUCUCCAUUCUCUCUGUGGUGUGGGAGGGGGUAGCUGGAUUGUAUUCUGCUGUUUCUAUCUUCCAUCUAUAUAAAGCACCCACCUUUCUUCCGUGUUUUCUGCAUUUUCCUUGCUUGGCCCCCCCCUGCCAAUUUAAUCUCUCUUAUCUGCUUCUCUCUUUCAUGGUCGAGCCUCUUCGAUUCAGGUCUCUUUGAGUGCUUUUCUUCAUCAUGGCAACGGGACAACUAUUCUCCCGAACUACACAAGCAUUAUUCUACAACUACAAGCAAUUACCUAUCCAACGGAUGCUUGAUUUUGACUUCCUUUGUGGGAGGGAGACACCUUCUAUUGCUGGGAUCAUUAACCCAGGUUCUGAGGGAUUUCAAAAACUCUUUUUUGGUCAAGAGGAGAUUGCAAUACCAGUCCACUCAACCACUGAAGCUGCCUGUGCUGCACAUCCUACUGCUGAUGUUUUUAUCAACUUUGCAUCAUUUCGAAGUGCUGCUGCUUCUUCGAUGGCUGCUUUGAAACAGCCAACCAUUAGAGUUGUAGCCAUCAUAGCUGAAGGUGUUCCAGAAUCAGAUACCAAGCAGUUGAUUGCAUAUGCACGGUUGAAUAAUAAGGUUAUUAUUGGCCCUGCUACUGUUGGAGGCAUUCAAGCUGGAGCUUUCAAGAUUGGUGACACUGCAGGAACUAUUGACAACAUAAUCCAAUGCAAACUUUACAGGCCUGGGUCUGUUGGAUUUGUGUCCAAAUCGGGUGGCAUGUCUAAUGAACUUUACAACACAAUUGCACGUGUAACUGAUGGAAUAUAUGAAGGCAUUGCAAUUGGUGGUGAUGUCUUCCCAGGCUCAACUCUUUCUGAUCAUGUCCUGCGGUUUAACAACAUCCCACAGGUCAAAAUGAUGGUUGUGCUUGGGGAACUCGGUGGGCGAGAUGAGUACUCCCUAGUUGAAGCCUUAAAACAAGGGAAGGUCAAUAAACCCAUAGUGGCAUGGGUUAGCGGAACUUGUGCACGACUUUUCAAGUCAGAAGUUCAAUUUGGUCAUGCUGGUGCUAAAAGUGGUGGUGAGAUGGAGUCAGCACAAGCAAAAAAUCAAGCAUUGAGGGAAGCAAGUGCUGUUGUACCCACUUCAUAUGAAGCAUUUGAGUCUGCAAUCAAAGAGACAUUUGAGAAACUUGUUGAAGAGGGGAAGAUCACACCAGUGAAAGAAGUUAAGCCUCCUCAGAUCCCCGAGGAUCUUAACACUGCAAUUAAGAGUGGGAAAGUUCGGGCUCCAACUCACAUCAUCUCAACUAUCUCUGAUGACAGAGGUGAGGAGCCAUGCUAUGCUGGUGUCCCUAUGUCAUCCAUUGUUGAACAAGGUUAUGGUAUUGGGGAUGUCAUCUCUCUUUUGUGGUUCAAACGCAGUCUUCCUGGUUAUUGUACACAGUUUAUUGAGAUUUGCAUAAUGUUAUGUGCCGACCAUGGCCCCUGUGUGUCUGGUGCUCACAACACCAUGGUUACAGCAAGGGCCGGAAAGGAUCUGGUUUCAAGCCUUGUCUCAGGUCUGCUUACAAUUGGUCCCCGAUUUGGUGGAGCCAUUGAUGAUGCUGCUAGAUACUUCAAAGAUGCCUAUGACAGGGGUCUUUCACCUUAUGAGUUUGUUGAAGGCAUGAAAAAGAAGGGCAUUCGUGUACCUGGAAUUGGACACAGGAUCAAAAGAGGAGACAACAGAGAUAAGAGAGUAGAGCUACUACAAAAGUUUGCUCGCACGCAUUUCCCUUCUGUGAAGUACAUGGAAUAUGCGGUUCAAGUUGAGAACUACACCUUGUCUAAGGCAAACAAUCUGGUGCUCAAUGUAGAUGGUGCAAUCGGUUCUCUUUUCUUGGAUCUCCUUGCUGGUAGUGGAAUGUUCAGCAAGCAAGAAAUUGAUGAGAUCGUUGAAAUUGGGUAUCUGAAUGGUCUAUUUGUACUGGCACGCUCCAUUGGUCUGAUUGGGCAUACAUUUGACCAGAAGAGAUUGAAGCAGCCACUGUACCGUCAUCCAUGGGAGGAUGUUCUCUACACAAAGUGACAAGUUAUACAGAUGGCAGGCAUACUCUGACAGGGAUAGGGCAAACAUUUUUUUUUCAAGUUUUGUUUCUGCAAUUCUCUUUGGUGAUUUUUAAAGCGUUGAGAGGACUAAUAUCUAAAUCACUGAUUGCAGUCUGUAUGUGUUGUGCACCGUCAUUUAUUUGUUUGUGCAAAUUAAGGAGAUAAAUUCUGUCAUGUUUGUCAACAUGAUUCUGUUCCAUUCCAUGAAGAACUAUCGCUUUUCUUUACUCUUUUUUUUUUUAAUUCUUUUUAUAUCCGUGAAUGCAGCCAAGGCUCAGUAUGUGCAGUGCAAAAGCAUGUAUUUUGUAUUUCUAAACCUUGUUUUGUAUUUGUAUAGAGAACAAAAACCGGAGAAAACAAUGUCUUCCUUCUCUUGUUUAA